AUGCUCACCGUCCAGCAAAUCAACAGUUUCCGAACAUAUUUCAUUGUGCUGGUAGCUGGUCUCUUCUGUUCAGUGGCAUACCUUUCGUACCUGCAAACCACUGAACCCAAUAGUCCGGCAGCAUUGCGGACUUCUCCCCAGCAGACUGAAGACCCUCAAAUUAUUUUUCAAAGCCCUCCAUCACAAAAACACAUAUCUGAAUAUGCUACCGGUGACCCAGAGAUUGACCGCUCACGAGGAAGAAUUCUUUAUAUGGAAGCACGUUCCAUUCUCAACGCUCUCCCAGAUGCGACAAAUCCAGAUAAUAUCGGCCGCUAUUACAGGCCUCGUCGUUCGAUAUGGAGUCUUUUUCUUGAUGGCGGUGUUCAAUCUAUAUGUAAUACUCUACUUUUUCCAAUUCCAGAGUCGCCACGAACACGAUUAUGUGCAAGGCUGUCGUUUGACAAUUCAAUUCAAACAAAUUCACCAGAGGUGUUGUCAACUCCGUCAAAAACAUCAUCGGCACCUCCACCAAUCUUCAGAAAUACAAAAACCUUUUUAUCACAGGACCGCCUUGCAAAACUCAAAACACUUGAAUCAAAAAAGCUCGAGCUUAAACGAGCAUUUGAACUUUUAGCUGAUGCUAGCUCUCUUGGAGACAACGAUGCCACUUAUACAAGAGCUGAGCUCUAUUUUUAUGGCAAUUACACCCAUCCACAAGACUUUUACGAGUCUCUUCGACUAUACAAACAAGUUGCUCAGAAAACAGGCAACUCUUCAGCUCAAUUCAUGAUUGGUGUUAUGUACUCCACGGGUAUGUUUGGAAGUACUCCUCAGGACCAAGCUAGAGCAAAUUUAUACUAUACCUUUGCAGCAAGAAACGGUGAUUACAGAGCCAAGAUGGCUAUGGCUUAUCGUCACUACCAUGGCAUUUCCACUCCUAAAAAUGCUAAACUGGCUGCAGAAAUAUACAAGGAAACAGCAACAACUGCUUAUAAAUAUGCUAUUGAUGGUCCUCCUGGUGGCAGACAUUUAUCUCAAUAUGGCUGGCUUCUUUCAGACAAGGACGGUGGAAUUUUUGGUGAGGGUGCAAGUAGGGUUUCUCCUGUUCGUCAUUAUCCCCUCCUUCCAUCUUCCUCAACGCAAUCCUUUGACAUGGCUGUUCGCUAUCUCAAUUAUCUAUCUUUACUUGAUGACACUGCCGCGCCUGCAUACUAUGCUCUAGCGCGUCUUUAUUAUGAUGGUGAUAUUGUUGUUGAUCCUGAUUAUAAAACAGCUGGCGAAUAUGCCAGUGAAUGUAUUAGGGAGUCUCAAGCUAGUGAUGCUCAUAAACGAACAGAAGGUGCCUGCUUAGGAUUUUUAGGAUUUCGCUAUCUUCGUGGUGAAGGGAUUGACAAAAAUUACGAUUUUGCUAAACAACUUUUUGAAAUUGGCAUUGAAGCAGAGGAUGAACUUUCAGCUACUGGGCUAGGCCUCAUGUACUGGAAAGGUAUCGGUGUCGAACGUGACGAAAAGAAAGCAAUUGAAUUAUUUAAGAAGGCAGAUAAUAACGGAGCUGCUCAUCUUUACCUAGGCGAAAUUCUUUUGGGACAAGGUGAUAUAAAUGCAGCUUAUAUGCAGUUUGAUAAAGCAGUUAAACGAAGCAAUACUUUUGCAAUUUAUCACAUCGGAAUGCUUCUUUCAAGUGGAGCACGCAAAAAAGACUCGAAGGCGCAAUAUUUUCAAAUCGUUUCAGAUCCUGUUCCUUACUUUCAAAUUGUCUCUGAAAGAAUUCAUGAAUUCCAUAGUCCUUUACGCUGGGCUCACAAACAAUAUUCUGAAGGUGACUUUGGUUCAGCCCUACUUGGUUUCUUGAUUGCUGCUGAAGAAGGAUACAGUGAAGCUCAAAUUAAUACCGCUUAUAUGCUUGAUGACCAGAGAAAUAUUUUAGAUAUUCAGCGCAUUCUUUCCUUCUUUUCUAUUAAAAAGAAUCACAAUGAAUUUUCUGUACGACCUCUAAAUCCACUCCACAAAAAAGCUAUUCAAGGCGAGCAUUGUGAUUUUGGCCAGUUCAUUUAUAGAGAUCCUUCAGACUACGCAACGUGGAUACGCGAGCGUGAUCUCUUGUCUUUUACUUACUGGUCUCGUCUCGCCAAUGAUUAUAACGUUGAUGCUAUUGUCAAGGUUGGUGAUUAUUUCCUUAAUGGUAUUGGCGUCAAACCUAAUCCUUCAAAAGCGGCUUCCCAGUAUCAAGUUGCAGCUGAGUACUUCAGCGCUAUUGCAAGAUGGAAUCUUGGCUGGAUGUAUGAAAAUGGUAUUGGUGUUGAGCAAGAUUUUCAUCUUGCAAAAAGAUAUUAUGACAAUGCUGCACUGGUCAAUCGGGACGCAUAUUUUCCUGUUACUAUUUCACUUUUUAAACUACGAACUCGCAGCUAUUGGAAUUCAUGGCGAAGAAAUCCAACAGAUCAUCGCCAUAAUACAUUUAAUGAGCCCAUUUCUAGUGACGAAAAAGAUAUUUUGGAUAAAGUAGAAGGUGAGCCUUCAGAACAAGGUGAAAAACCCAAAAGUUUUAUUGAGGCCAUAAAAUUAUUUUGGAAGAAAUGGAAUGAGCGUGGUGGUUUUAACCCUGAAUUAGAAGAUGAUGAAGAUGAUGAAGAAGAGGUUCUUGAAACAUUUGUGGAUGCAGUCGAUGCAGUUGAGUUCAUUGACAAGUAUCUAAUUCUUAUUCUAACAUUUCUUAUUUUCAGCUACAUGUUUCGCCAAUGGCAAAAUCGAGGAGGUAAUAUUCAAGGUAUCCGGGAAAGAAUAAGACAAAUCCGGGAUUUACGCAACAGACUUGGAUUGGGCCAGAACCCAAACCCAAAUGGAAAUCAAAAUGGGAAUGAGAACGGAAAUAUAAAUGGGAAUGGAAAUAGAAAUGGGAAUGGAAAUAGAAAUGGGAAUGGAAAUGGGGAUGGAAAUGGGGAUGGAAAUGGGGAUGAAAAUGGGAAUGAAAAUGGGAAUGAAAAUGGAAAUGGAAAUGAAAAUGGAAAUGAAAAUGCGAACCCCAAUCACAUUCAUGAACGGGCUCAUACUCAAGAACCUGUGGACCCUCUAACGCUCCAUCAAAAUCAAAAUCAAAAUCAAAAUCAAUACCAAGAGCCUCACCAGCCACAUCUCGAUGGACAGCCCCAAUUGCAAUCUCAAGUGCAGAUUCAGGUGCAGUCACACAUACAGCCUCCGACACAGGCCCAGCAAAAUAUUGCACCGCAUGAUACUCCAGAUGACCAAGCAGAGGAAAACGAAAAUCUGCAACAGUAA